AUGUCGAAUAUACCUUUGAGUAAUAAAAACCUCUCAGGUUCACCUCCCAUUAAGAAUAGGAAAGCUUUUAACAAUAUAACGAAAGAAGUUAAUAAUUCACCAAAGUAUUCAAAUCACACCAAUAUAGAAAGAAACUCAUCCAAAAGAACUUCAAUGAGGCUAGGUACAUUAAGAAAGACAAGUAUACCCACAAAUAUUAAUGCUGAAACUAUGAGCAAAAUGAAAAGUCUAUCACAAGCUGGAAUGAAUUUUGAAGCAUCAAAAAGAACAAAUAUCAAAUCAAGUAGACAAAGUAAUAUAUUUGAUAGUUCAAGUGCUCUUAGUGGCUCACUGAAUGAUCCUUUAAGUAUAAGAAGACAGCAAGAAGCUUUAGAAAAAAAUGAAAGACAUGCCAAUAGUUUAAGAGGUCAAAUUGAAGAAAAGAGUCGCCAAAUCCAAGAGAUUAAUGAAAUUAUUAAAGAUUUAACAAGAUCUAGAAACUCUUUAGUCAGACAUGCUAUAGACAUAAAAUCCAAGAUCGAUGAUGCUGAAAUAUCAAUAAUUAAUAUAGAUCAUAAGAUUGAAGCUUUAGAAAGAAGCGUUCAAAAAGAUAUACUGCAUGAAGAACAAAUGAAUACAAUAAGAAUUAAAGAACAACAAAAUAUUCUUAUACGAGAAUUGGAUGAAUUUAAGGCUAUUCUGGAGGAACAGCUUCAGCAUGCUCAUUCUUAUCGAGAUGAUGAGUCUAAAGCUGAAAUUGCAAAACUUGAAGAAGAAUCAGUUCAAUUAUCUAAUACUCUAAAUUCAUUGAACGAGGGAACUCAGGAUAGGUUGAGGAAAGAAAAAGAAGUUUUGGACAAAGAAUUAGAGAAAAUACUAGCCGCUGAAGAAGCCAGAUGUGAAGAUAUAACAAAAGCAUUUGAAGAAAAAUCUGUCAAACUACAGUCAUCUCAGGAAAUUUUGAAUGAUCUGAACUCCAAGUUAUCAAAUGUCAAAAGCAAGAAACAAGAUCUCAUUGAAAGGAUAGAUGAACAAACAAAGAUACAAGAGAACUAUAAUGACAAAUUUUCUGAACUUGAAAAACAACUACGUGAAUUAAAAUUGAAACAUGACAUCGUGGAUGAAGAGCUUGCCGGUGUUACUGAAGUUCACGAUUUAGCUACUGCAAGUUAUAAUGAAUCAUAUAACAAAAUUGAUAAGGAAUCAAAACUUAGAAGAAGAAUCCAGAAUACGAUCCAAGAUUUGAACAACAAGCUACGGGUUUAUGCUAGAGUGCUCCCAUCCUCUAAUGACCAAUCAAACUUUCAAAUUUCACCAGCAUGCGGUGAAGAGAAACAAUCAAUAAGCACCAAGACUAACUCAACAUAUUUGUUUGAUAAAAUCUUCAAUAAUGAUUUUCUAGAGAAUGAUAUAUGUGAUGAAAUUGUUUGUUUGAAUGAAAAUAAUUUGAACGGUGCUAAUGUUUCAGUUCUUUUCACAGGAUUUGAAGAAUCAUUAUUAUUUGAUGAAUUAUCACAAAAGACUCUUGAUGCUUUGAUUCAAAGAGAAGAAAAAUAUAAAUCUAAAAAUUGGUAUUUUGAAUAUGGUUUCAAAUUUUUGUCAAUAACAACUAAUGGCGUUUUUGAUCUUGUUACUGGUAAAGAAUCAAAUUUAAAAUUAGAAAACAGAACCAUUCAUACAGAUGCAGAAUCUGUCAAAUCAUCAAACUUGAAAUUAGCUGAAACUUCAUCAGAUGCCUCCAUUUUGAUAAUUUUAACAGUUAAUGGAACAAAUGGUACAAAAUCUUUCACAUCACAUUCAUACUCCAUGAACUUAUCUCAUAUUGAAUCAUCAGAUCUGAUACUUCAUGCCGUUAGCAAAAUACGAGAAAACAAAUUUUCAAGUUCAGAAUUUACAGAAUCACCAAUGUAUCAAUUAGUUCACUUCCUUUAUUCAAAUACCAAAUCACUUACUUUUAUCAAUUUAGUUAAUGAUGAAAAUAAAUCGGAUGAAAACAAAAAACUAUUAGAACUUGCAUCAUUUGUUAACGAAACAGAUGCUAUCCCUAUAAAGAGAGUUUAUAACACACCACUGCAGAAGUAA